CUUGGGGCAUUCAAGCAGCCCUCUGAAGGUGGAGGUGGAGCCUAAUGGGGGUUUACUGUGAGGCUCGCAAUUGCAUCUGCCUCCGAGGCCUCCUGGUGCUAGAGACUAUCGGGGGGAGGAAGGGGAGAUUGCAUGGGAUUGAAGUUGGUUCCUUAUUCCUGGGUCCCAGCUCAUGAUGCUACCCUGUACUGUUACUACCAACUACACCUUUCUGCCAGCUCCGUGGCACGUCUCAGCCACUACUAACAACCUUUUACUGGGAAUUGGCUUGUCACUGGCUCUGCUCUCUCCUCCUUGGACACAGCAGGAGGCCCAGCACCAGCCCACUGAAGGCAGAAGGCAGCGUGGCAUCAACACACUGGGGAGGCAGAAGGUCUGGCCCAGAAUGGUUCCCCCACCCCCUAUCAACAAGCCCCAUGUCUGCCUCUCCACUGUACUCAUCAUGAGCAGCAUGGUGCUGAUGGAUGCCUACCUGGUGGAACAGAACCAGGGCUCCAGGAAGCUGGGAAUCUGCAUCAUGGUGUCUGUGGGUGAUGUCUGCUUCCUGCUGGUGCUCCGGUACGUGGCUGUCUGGGUUGGAGCAGAGGUGAAGACAGCCAAGCGAGGCUACGCCAUGAUCCUAUGGUUUCUGUACAUUUUUGUGUUGGAGAUCAAGGUCUACUUUGUCUAUCAAAACUACAAGGCUGACCGCAAGAGCAUGGACCUCAUGGCCCGUAAGGCCCUGACCCUAUUGUUGUCCAUCUGCAUCCCAGCCCUCUACAUGCUGCUGGUGGCCACAGAGCACAUGGAGUAUGUCAAGACGUUCAAAAAGAAGGAGGAUCUCCGCAACCGCCUCUUCUGGGUCAUUGUCGACAUGCUGGAUGUGCUGGAUAUCCAGGCCAACCUGUGGGAGCCCCAGAAGAAAGGGCUGCCACUUUGGGCUGAGGGCCUGAUGUUCUUCUACUGCUAUAUUUUGCUCCUGAUUCUCCCGUGUGUGUCCUUGUGUGAGAUCAGCAUGCAAGGGAUCAGCAUCGUGCCACACAGGAUGAUGCUGUACCCCAUGCUGAGCAUGCUCACCAUCAACAUUGCCACCAUUUUCAUCAGGGGAAGUAACAUGGUCUUCUUCAGAGAUGCCCGGGUUUCUGGUAUCUUCAUGGGCAAGAACAUACUGGCCAUUGUACUUAAAGUCUGCAUGUUUGUGCAGUACAGGAGGCAGUUGCAACACCAACCAGCAGGACUCAGCACUGAGCCCCAGCACAACUCCAUGCCCCAGUCCCAGCCAGUUCUGCCUCUGUUGAAGUCCCAGAGCCAGACUCGCUGUCCCAAGGUGCUGGCCCAGGAGAACACGUGACCUGCAGACUGGGCACAGAGCAGCACUUCUGUGUGCGAUUAUUAGGGUCCAGCACAAAGCAUGAGGGUGUAGCUGAGUCCUGUACCCUCUGGUGGUUCUUUUAGGAAGUCUGUGAGUAACCCCUCCCUCCCUUGCACAGACAAACCAACCACCCACAUUCUAGGGACAUCCUAGCACAGGGCUGGGGACAGGUCACUUUUCUAGUGGCACAGAGUAAAACGGGACUUUGGGGCCAGAGCAGAAGCAAGGCAGAUACUAGGGCCAGUAGAGCUGUGAGGACCAGGCUGUGCAAGAUGGUGAGGUCCCUCCCUGCUUUCUCCCUUGCUUUUGUUCCUCUGUUUGGAGCGGAUCUGCUGAGCUGCUGUGGCCAGUGUGGCUUUAUGGCAUGCUUCUGGUCUGAUGGGAGCAUCCCUGGGGCCUCAGUCUGCCCUUGUUGCCCUGUGCAGCCAUGCUGUCCAGUCAGAGUUGGAGUUUGGAAAGGAUUGGUGGGGGAGAAAGCUGGGGUGGAGAUUUUAGCGUCUUGCCUCCCAUUCGCAAGGUGCUCGGAGACCCAGUGGAACUCAGUGGGUCAUAGUCUUUUUUUCAUAAGCAUCUUCUUGGUUCCAAUAAAAGAAAGCACUCGCCCUGCAGCUUCCUGGUGUGUCUGUGCAGCUGCCACCUACGUGCUUGGGACUCCCUUUUUUGCUGAUGAGUUGGGAGGAGCUGUGUCCAUAAGAGUGAGAAGAGUUUG